AAAGAAACUUUUAAAUUAUUGGAACAAAAAAUUGUACUCAAAGAAACAAAACCAGCUGAACUAACAUUAUAUACAGUCUCAAUUACAAUAAAAACAGCUCGUAGUAGACCAUCACAUCAAGUCUGUCACAACAAGUCUUUGAAAGUGUUUUCAAGUGACAAUGAUCGUGCUUAUGUAGAUCAUUUGUCAAUAUUUCACAACAAUCUGGUGUAAUCGACGAGACAACUUAACAAUCGUAUAUGUAAUAGGUGAUCGACCAGUAGUAAGAAAUAAAACAGAAAGGGAGAAGAGUUACUGAAAUUACUCAUCGUCCUUGACCGCUUAUAUUUUUACACACUCACUGGUAAAUACCACAAGCAAAUAGGAAUCACACGUCAUAUUUUCUUACGACACCGUAUAAUGUUGCAACAAAAAAACAAAAAAUCAUGAUGAAAAUGUUAUAUCGGAUCUUAUUGCUUAGUUGGUGUAUGCUAAUGUCAGCAUUAGCAUUACCGAUAGAAUCAAAGCCAUUGAACAAUAAUCCAGAGAGUUGGAAUCUUAGUUGGUUAGUAUUUACGCCAAGAAACUCAUCAGAUCCAUCAGCUGAAGCUCUAGUGAGCAGUGAUCCACAUGUAAAAAAAUCAAAAAUCACACCAAAAUCAAUUUUUAUAGCCCCAAGUGCAUAUAGUAAUCAUGACAGAGUUUGUCCGCAUGGUUAUCGAAUAGAUGAUAAUGGAAAAUGCAUAAAAACAGUUACUAUUAAUCAAGACGAUAUUUUAGCAGCAAGGCUAACAGAUUUGUUUGGAAUUGACGAAAAUUCAGAUAAGAAUGGAAAUUCAGAUUCUGAUUAUGAUUAUGAUGAGGAUAAAAAUGAAAAUUCAGGGCCAUUACAAAUCAACCUUCCUCUUGCAAUUGAUAUACAAGAGGAAACAAGUAACGGGAAGAAGGUUGAAUAUAUUAUAGAAGAAAAAAUUGUUAAUAUGCGAAAUUUAGAUCCAAAGAAUGCCAAACCAAAAGUAGAAGAAAUUAAAAAAAUUGUAUCCGCACCAGUCUCUGAAAAGUUAAUUUCUAAUGACUUGCUGGUAACACCUGAAAUUACAACGACGACGGAAAUUCCAUUGGAUGAUUUGACUACAACAACACAAAAAGUUUAUGAACUAUCAACAGACAAGCCAAUUAUAAGCGAUGCUGAAGUUACUACAACGAUAAUGAAUGAAUCAGCAACUGAUUCAGAAAAUACAGUAAUGACCCAAUCAUCAACGAAACAAACAUUACCAACGACGGAAAAGCCCACAACAUUAUCAUCAAUUACAACAACAUCAGAGCGAAUACCGAUAAGCACAACAACUGAAAAAACAAAAAUUGUGCCCACUAAACCAGAGUUGUUUCAAAUUAACUCUGUUGACUUUAUGCCGAAAAUAACUCAAAGGAAAACCAAUCGAAAUAGAGGAAAAAAUUCACGUACAAGAAAACCAAAACCAAUAAUUCAACAACAACCCUCUCAAUCAACUGAGAAUCAAGUCAUCCCUAAAUCACAUUCAAUUGAUCAAUUGCCAAUACCAAAAAAGAAUCGUACAAGAAAUGGCAUGAAAAGACGAAAACUGAGCACAAUGAAAACUUCUACAUCCACGUCGACGACAACAACAACAACCACUGAAAUCCCAGUUCCUACACACAAUAAACCACAUUAUUGGCUUCCAAAAGGAUGGACAAUUGAUGAGACAACAAAAGAAAAGCCAGUUUUAAUAAGAUUUUGGUCAGAACAACCCAUACCACAUGAAGAGCGAGCUCGAAGUCACAAUUCUAGGCAUCAGCGAGUAAACUCAAGAAUGCCAACAGAAAGUAUAUUUAAAGAAAUUACAGCUCCAGAACUAGAGGGUAUUCUGAAAGAAAAUUAGAUAUUUUAUAAAUGUAAAAGUCUUAAAUUUAAUGAAUAAUAUGAUUCUAC